UCCACAACACAACACAAACACUUUCUUCCUUCAGUCUCCUUUAGUAGUUGCUCUGCUUCAUCAUCUUCUCUCUAUCUUUGUUGCAAACUUACCAACACAGUACUGAGUUUAAGUGUUCACCAAAAAAAACAAUGGAUGAUGAUAUUGUAGGACUCGGUUUUCGUCCAACAGAACAAGAGCUUGUCAACUUUUACCUCAAACACAAGUUGCUCGGCGAUGAUCCCCGUGUCCACGUCAUCCCUGUCAUUGAUCUUUGCGAUGUGGAACCUUGGAAUGUACCAGUGAUAUUAGCAUCGUCAUCAGCUAUACGAUUUGGUGACCCAGAUUGGUUUUUCUUCAGCCCUGUUGAUUUCAAGUACUUGAAAAGCAAAAGGUUUAACAGGACAACCAAGUGUGGAUUCUGGAAAGCCACUGGGAAAGACCGUGACAUUAGGACAGGGGACACUGAUAACACUGUCAUUGGGACUAAGAAGACUCUUGUUUACUAUCAAGGCCGUGUUUCCUGUGGUGUCAAGUCCAACUGGGUUAUUCACGAAUAUCAUGCUGUUACCUUUCAUGAAAACCAGAGGACUUUUGUUUUAUGUUGCUUGAUGAAGAAACCUGGGAAAACAACUGAAGGCGGAACUGAUCCCCUGAUCUGUGAUGAAGGGGAGCCCAGCAGAAGCAUGGUUUCUGACUAUGAAAAUCAGCCAACAGCAGAAGGAAUUGCAUCUGAAGGUACUUUUACAGGAAUAGAGGCAAUCUUUCAGGCAACCCCUUGGGCAGAGAAUUGCUUCUCCCCAAUACAACAGUCUCCGACUCUUAUUGAGCAGGAAGGAGCAUCCUUUCCAAACUAUGCAUUUAACAAUGCCUAUUUUAGAAAUGAAGACAACAUUAUGCAGACUCCAUUUGAAACUACAAAGGAAGAUGAAUUCCUAAAUUUAAUCUUAGCCGAUGAAAGUAUAGUGAUCAAUGAAGAAAAUAAGCAUGAUUUUGUCAAUAGCUCUACCCAAUCAGAGUCAUUGAAAAGGGUAUCCUGUGAAAGCAGUGAUACAGAUGCUGAAGUCAUCUCUAAACUGGAUGACAAUAUUGUGGAUAUUUCAACAGCAUGUAAUGAUUAUCCUAAUUCAGAUGAAUACUAUUCAUCAAAAAGGUUUAAAUCAUCACAUGAUGCUGUCCAUGGUGGAAUAUGUUUUCUACUUUCUAACCUUGAAGCAAACCAAGAGAAAAACGAGAGUAUGUUUCAAGAUAGUUUCUGGGGAACAGAGACAUCAUCUUGUGACUCCACACUAGAUAAACCUUUGGAGAUCAAUUAUAUUGAUAUUUCUAGUUCUCCUUUCACUCCAUGGAGAUGAGAAAAUUAAUAUCAUUGAAGACCAGUCAAUUUCGUAUGAUGGGAACUAAGAUCUAAGUUAGCUCCAUUAGAUUGGUAGUAGCUAUUUUGGAGUAUGUCAUAAAAUAUGACUAGUUCUACAAUAGCAAAUUUAUUAGAAAACAAUUCUGUAUUAGAAAUUGCAUAAUGGUAGUUAUGCAUAAAAAAUAACUAUGGGCAGUUAUGUAUUAAGAUUUAGGAGCUUAUAUCCUAACAGUAAAUCUAUUAGAAAGUAUUAAAAACUGCAUGAUAGCAGUUAUGCAUAGAAAACAGCCACUAGUAGUUAUGUAUUAAGAGCAUAUAUGUGAUGGUAUUAGUAGAUUGUGUAAUUAGGAAGUAUGUGUAGUUGUUUGCAGUUUAUGGACAGAGAAUACUCUAUGUAGGAGACUUUUGUCUCUAGGACAACAAGUGUAUUUUGUAUCAAUGUAUUUUGUGUGAUUUUAGUAUUUCAAUAAUAUAUUUCAUUAGUUUUUGGAGGGUGAGCAAA